CAUUAACACUUUACUCUUUGCUUCUUCUCUUUUUCUGAAAAUGGCGUCAAAAUCGUGUCUAGCUUUCAGGAGACUUCUCUCUUCUUCCACCGUCGUCUCUCGAUCCGUUCGUCCGGCGGUUGCUGCUUAUCGCCUCUUCAAUACCAAAUCAGGCUUCUACGGUCCGAUUACACCAGCGAUGAGCUUGAACCACGUGGUUAAACCCCUAAAGGACGAAGCCGCUCUGGUAGUAGCAACGACGGGUGGAAGAAUUGGGUGGGAUGUGAAAGAGAAAGAGAAUGCGUUACACGUGAGGAUUGAUAUGCCGGGGCUUGGCAGAGAGGAUGUGAAGGUGUCGUUGGAAGAGGACACACUUGUGAUCAAAGGCGAAACUCAGGAGGGCGAAGGACGUAAGUUUUCAAGCAGGAUAGAGUUGCCCGAAGAAGAAUACAAGGCGGAUGAGAUAAAGGCGGAGAUGAAAAACGGCGUGCUGCGAGUGGUGGUUCCUAAGAUCAUACAGCGAGAUUGUGACGAUGCUAUCCACAUCGAGGUCGACUAGAGUUUAAUCUCUCCUUUGGUUAAUCAAAUUAUCCAGUUUCUUGGGUUUUAGUGACCGUACUUUGUCAAUUGAUCGUUUUGGUGGCCAUGUUUAAAAUGUCAUUUCUCGCCUGAAAUUUUAAAA